CACGAGCUCACAAAGUCAUGCAGUCGCGUAUGCUCAUAGCCAAACGCGCCCGGAACACGCUGGGAUGCAGCGUCCGUGGUAUGCGCACGUCUGCUUCUGCACAUGGCGAAAAGCCUGUGAUGAAUAGGUACAGCCGGACUGUCACCCAGACAAAGGACCAAGGUGCCAGCCAGGCUAUGCUGUAUGCAACGGAAGGAAUCAAAGAUGACCAGGACUUCCAGAAGGCUAUGGUUGGUGUAGCUAGUGUUUGGUAUGAGGGCAACCCAUGCAACCGUCACCUUCUCGGGCUCGGUCAGGAAAUCAAGAAGUCCAUUUAUGAUGCUGACAUGAUUGGGUACCAGUUUGGUACGGUCGGCGUCAGCGACGGAAUCAGCAUGGGCACUCGCGGAAUGUCAUACUCUUUGCAAUCUCGUGAUCUCAUAGCAGACCAGGUUGAGACUGCUGCUGGCGGUCACUGGCUUGAUGGUAUGGUCACCGUUCCAGGAUGCGACAAGAACAUGCCUGGUGUCCUCAUGGCACUUGGUCGUCUCAACCGACCAGGUCUCAUGGUCUACGGUGGUACCAUCCGCCCCGGGUCAUGCGGAGGCAACGACUCGAUUGACAUUGUCAGCGCCUUCCAGUCUUACGGGAAGUUCCUCCAGGACGGGCGGACUGCAGAGGCUGAAGCAGAGCGGUACGCUACAGUCCGCCAUGCAUGCCCUGGUCCUGGUGCUUGCGGAGGAAUGUACACCGCAAACACGAUGGCGAGCGCAGCCGAAGCCCUUGGUAUGACACUCCCCGGCUCCUCUUCUAACCCUGCAGAAUCUCAAGAAAAGCACGAUGAGUGCAAGGCUGUUGGUCCCGCUAUGCGUAACAUGCUCGAGAAGAACAUCCUUCCUCGUGAUAUCAUGACCAAGGAGGCGUUCGAGAACGCCAUGCGGCUCGUCAUGAUUCUCGGAGGAUCAACAAACGCCGUCCUCCACUUGAUUGCCAUCGCACACUCUGUUGGCGUCGAACUCACCAUUGACGACUUUGCUCGUGUUUCUGAGGCAACACCGUUCCUCGCUGACAUUAAGCCAAGCGGCAAGUACGUGAUGGAGGACAUCUUCAAAAUUGGCGGUACCCCCAAGGUGCUGCAUUUCCUCAUGAAGAACAACAUUAUCACCGGUGAUACUCUGACUGUCACUGGUGCCACCCUCGGCGAGAAUCUCGACCGCUGGGUGCAUAAGUAUGGCGAGCUCUCACCUACUCAAGAUGUCAUUCGCCCGUUGGACAAGCCUAUCAAGGAGACCGGCCACAUCCGGAUUCUCAAGGGUAACCUCGCCCCCGGAGGUGCAGUUGCGAAGAUCACGGGCAAAGAAGGGUUGGGUUUCACCGGCAAGGCGCGGACGUUUGACUCCGAGGAAGAGUUCGUCAAGGCAGUCGAGACCGGCAGCAUAAAGAAGGGCGAGAAGACGGUCGUUGUGCUGCGAUACCUCGGGCCCAAGGGUGGACCAGGCAUGCCUGAGAUGCUCAAGCCCACGAGUCUGAUUAUGGGAGCCGGCCUGGGUCAUGACGUCGCGUGUCUUACUGACGGCCGCUUCAGCGGAGGCUCUCAUGGUUUCUGCAUCGGCCAUGUUGUACCUGAAGCUCAGGUUGGUGGCCCCAUCGCCCUCGUCCAGGACGGAGAUACCAUUUCCGUCGAUGCUGUCAAGAACACUAUCGAAGUAUAUGUCUCGGAGCAGGAGAUGGAGAGUCGCCGUAAGACGUGGCGGGCCCCACCUCUAAAGGUUCAGCAAGGCACGCUUUACAAAUAUAUCAAGACCGUGCUCGACGCCAGCCACGGAUGCGUCACUGAUGCAUGAUGCUUGAUUUGUUAUCGCCCGCUAACCCCGGUGUGCACACCACGCAUUUGUUUACGUGUCGGCUAAUAAAAGUACAAUACAUCGUACAGUACGCAUGCAAAACACAAAGAGC